AAGAGAGGCGGAGAAGGAGGAGGCCACACGCUGCCCCACUCGCCACUACGAGAGGAAAGAUUGAGAGAGGAGGGGUGAGAGAAGGAAAAAGGGGAGUAUCCCGUCUUCUCUGCCCUUCUGAGCCACUGCAGCCCCCCUCCCCCUCGCCCUCUCUCUUUGAUUCUCUUUCUCUCUCUUUCCCCUUACUCAUCUGUUUCUGUGGCUGUGCUGAGAGGAAGGGCACCUGCCGCUCCCUGAUGAUUCAGCCUUUCAGCUACUUGGAGCUCCACAGACAAGACAGCAUGUCCCUCCUGCCACUGCAGUGCCUGGCCGUCCUGUCCUCUGUCUGCACUACAGCUACUGCAGCUGGCCCAGCACGUCGACACCGCCUCUUCUGCCCAAGCGCUCAGGUGAGUGAGUACUACUCUUCCACCACUGCUCUCUAGUAAACCCCGCAGAACAUUUAAGGAAUCCAAUUCUCUGGCAAUCUUUUUGUUUUGUAUUUUUUCCUGCAGCCAGUUUGACGAUUCUAUGUAUAGACUGAUUGGCUUUUUCUGUGAGAAAGCAUGACUAAGGAACUCGUCUGCAUACGUCCCAGGCUGUUAACAAGGUGCGACUCACUCUGAAGAGCAUUUGUACUUUCCUGUGAAAUCCCAGCUCUGACUCUGCCUCAUAAUGGAAAACAUACUCGAGGAGACUGGUGGCAGACAGCCACUGUGCGAUGCUCUGAGUUAAUAGUUGAGGUGUUCAGAGAGCCUUCAUCCAGCAGUUGGAAAGGAUGACUGAGGGAAUGGACGACAUCUCUGCAGGACCAGCUCCCCCCCCUCGAUCGGCCUCCCCCACCAGCUCUACUGUUGAUACCGGACAAGUCCCUGAGGAGAAACCAGAGGAGACAGUGGCAGCUGGCGAGAGUGGGGAGGAGGGCGCAGAGGAAGGUGGUGGUGGUGGUGGUGGUGGUGAUGGUGAUGGGGAGCAUUUGGGGGCUUUGGGAAUUGUGGCCUUGCCAGGGACCUGCUGUGUGUGCAUAGAGAUGGAACAGAUUAACCAUUGCCUGCACUCUGAGAAAAUCUGCAUUCUUCCCAUCCUGGCCUGUCUGCUUAGUUUAGCCCUCUGCACAGCUGGCCUCAAAUGGGUGUUUGUGGAUAAGAUCUUUGAGUACGAACCACCCACACACCUAGAUCCUAAACGCAUCGGACAGGACCCAAUUAUCAUAUCAGUUUCCCCCACGCUGGGACUGACUGUGUCAAUUCCUCAUUCAUCCCCGCCGAUUGUCUCCUGGACCACCGCCAUUACCCCAGGACGUCCUGACGUGUUCGUAGAGGAGAAGUCGACACGAAGGCCGUACAUGCCUCAGUCUCCACGAGUGACUCAGUCUGAUCCCUCUGUUACACUGAAAUACAACGCUCAACGUCCCACCGUCCCAAAGCAGACUCCCCACCCUCAGACAACACAGGAAUCAAACGACAUCAUCAUCCCAACAAUCUCUGCCACCAGCACCACCACAACAGCCAAGACCUCCAGUCACGUGACUCGCUGCAGCGACAACCAGAGGAACUACUGCGUCAAUGGGGGGGAGUGCUUCACCCUCGAAAUCAUGCCGGGCAGCACGAAGUUUCUUUGCAGGUGUCCCAGUGAAUUUACUGGUGAUCGCUGCCAAAACUAUGUAAUGGCCAGCUUUUACAAACGUCUUGGGAUUGAAUUUAUGGCCGAGGAGCUGUAUCAGAAACGUAUUUUAACAAUAACAGGAAUCUGCAUUGCACUCCUAGUCGUGGGAAUCAUGUGUGUGGUUGCCUACUGCAAAACAAAGAAGCAGAGGAAGAAGCUCCAUGACCGUUUGAGGCAGAACCUGAGGAAAAAGAGGAAAAAUACCAAUCCUGGUAUCGGCCCCAAUCUGCCAAGCUCAGCCAGAGGACGUCGGAUUUCUAACUUGCCUCUUCAAGAUUUGCAGCUCAUCAAUAACUGUAAUGGGACGACUGUACAGCAUGCAUCCGAGACGGAGACAGAAACAAAUUUCUCAACAAGCCAAAGUGCUUUAACCGCGCAUGAACCCACCACAUUCACCCACAUCUCUAGCCAAAGGUAUGCAUCUGCCAGGACGACCCCGACUGAGCUGUCUCCGGUGUCCCGAACCUCUCCUGCAACUCCAGGGUCUCCUCCAUCAGAGAUGUCCGCCCCCCUGUCCAGCCUGGCCAUCUCUGUCCCGUCGGUGGGCCUGAGCCCCUCCGGCGAGGAGGAGCGCCCCCUGCUGUUGUCAAACUCACAUCAACCACGCAAGUCUUCAAACCGAGAUGAACAGAAGAGGAUCUCGGCCCACUACAACCACGGCCACGUGGCACACAGCUUACCGCCUAGCCCGCUGUUUCCUAACGGGAAUGGUUACUACCAAAGCAUCGGUGACCAUGACACCACAGCUGGCAGCCAGAUGUUCACAGCAUCACCUGAGAAGCUUCUUACCAACAACAACAUCAACAGCUGCAGCACCAAGCCAGUCCCCAACGGCCACGUGGUGCAUAGCGCGGAGUCCGGUGGUGACAGCAUGGUGAGCGAAACAGACGCGCCUCAAGAGGAACACACAUCCUUCUGUACUACAGAUAGCACUGCAAGCCUGCUGCUCGGGGCUCUGGACAGCAGCAGGACUAACCCAGCAUCUCUAAACGAUCACCUUCAAGACACGUCACGCAGCAUCCCCACCACCAAACUAAAUCCAGUUGCUGUGUAAAGUAGGAAAAAAAGGAAUUGCUGAGAAUCCUUUAUGUUGAGGAGGGGGGAAAAAAAGGAAUAGUCACUAUUAAACUUUUAUUUUCUAUAAAUUAUUUGCCGUAAAGACUUUAAAGAUAAAUGAAAAAUUCAACUUUUAUUUUAGUGAUGUAGCAAAUAAAGAGUUUUAUAAAAAAGGAAAAAAAUUCCAAAUGUCUUGUAGGUAAAGUGCCAUACACUAGUAUGUAGCAACGGUUCACGGUAUAUUUCAGUGCAGAAAAAAUAUCAACGGUGCCUUUCUGUUUAGUAUGCUUAAGGGAUCUAAAACAUUGCAUACUGGGCCAUAUAUUCAUCUUAAUCUUCCAGUUAACAAUCCAAACUAACAUGCUGGCUGCUUUUAACGUGCUGGAGCUGGAAGUGCCCACUGACACGACAGUUUGAUAUGAGAUUUCUACGAGGUGCAUGCUACAUCCUUGAAUGCUGUGGUGGAACAAUGAGCAGUUUGUUUGGUUUCCAUUCCAGCCAUUUGACCUGAUACUGCACUUCAACACCUGGACUCAUGUGUAUGACUAAACGAUCGAUCAGCUUAUUACCUGCAUUUGAUGAGAAAUGGAAAAGAUGUUAGAAAUCAUAAUGGCUUUCUUCAUCGCCGUCUAAUUCAGAAUCCUGCUGGUGAACAAAUAGUGUAACUGUUAGAUAAAGUCCGGAUCUGUAGCGUUACUAAUACUCAGUUAUAUGCCUAACAUAACCCCCAUACAGUUUUCUUUUUAAUAAAUUCAAUAUUGGGAUUUGAUUUACAUAUUUCAAGUUUACUAGUUCUAUGUUAAAGGUGUUGUGUUGCACAUAUAUAACUCACAAAGGACAAUGACCGACGCUCAGUCCUUAAUGUCAUAGGCUGUCCUAUCAAAUAAAGGCCUAAAAUGGCCAAAAAUAAUCAUUCAACAAAGAACCCCCAAAAAACGGUCAUUGAAACAUCAGAGGCCUAAAUAUUCUAACUCCCGAGAAUGAGUCAAGCUCAAUGUUGGAUUCUGCAUCUCCAAACUACUUAAAGUAUCUUUUUUUUUAAAGUAAAGUUUCAUUUCUUUCAUCUUCAUAGACAACGGACUCAGAUAAAGUGGUGCCAUCAAAGAAAACUACUGGCAUUAAUAACGGCAAUGCUUUAUGUCUUUAAGAGACCGCUCAUACUUGACAUUACUACAGAAGAAGAUGAGGGCAAAUGUGAAAAAUGUGUUCUAAAUAGAAAGUCACAAUUCUGACAUAAUUCUCAGGAUUGUGAAUUAAAAGUUCAAAGUUAGAAUUCUGUCGUUUAACCUCAGAACUCAAAUCCAUUUUCCUAAUUCUCUUCCAUAGAUUACUGAUCACAUUUUUAUAUCUACAAAGUAUGUCCUGAACAUAUGGCUCAUUUUGUCCUUCUUAACCCUAAUGUUGUCCUCGGGUCACAUUUGACACAUUUUCAGUUUUUACAUCACAAAAGAAAUUGGGCAUUCGAAAUAAGCUGAAAAUGUCAACAUUAGAAAUAUCAAAUAACUUUUGAAAAAACAUCACAAAAAGCAUCCACAACAUUGAAAAAGUGACAAAAAUGUCAGAAAAACAACUUUUUCAUGGUUGACGGGAAGACAACACAAGGGUUAAAGACUUCCAUGUGGUUCUGAACAAUGCAUUUUGGGGAUUUAGGAAAUUGCUAAAUAUAUCUCCAUGAUGGCUACCUGCUUUAAUUUGUUCAGUCAUAUUCCUGGUAUGAUAGACAUUUAUUUUCUAAAUUCAACUUGUUACAAAUUCUUAAAGAAUAACAUGCAGUAUGCAUUUCUUUUUUCAACUAACCCAGCUUGUGUUCACGUGCAGUCUCAUUGUAUGUGAGAUUCAAACAAAUGUCUGCUAAUAUGAACAUAGUUUAUGAAAUCUGCCAAAGACGGUCACCUGUUAAAACUUACAUACAAACACAUUUUUGGUCUCUGUAAUCAACCAUGGUUUUUUAAAACAUAUGUAGAAUCAGCACAUGAGGAAGUCUGAUGACAAAGACGUGCUGCUCCAUGAUUUGGGAUUUAAUGGUGGCAAUUCUUUUGUAUUUUAUGGUAAAAUUAUUAUUAUUUAUUUUUUGGGUGAUUCUUGUUCAUUCCAAGCAUUCGUUAUUAAUUUAUUUAUAUUUAAAUAAAAACAUGAUUUUACAGAUGUUAAAUAUAUAUAGCCAUUAGUCAUAUGGUUAUUAGUACAAAAUAGAAAAUAAGUACUUAAUAUUUUGUCACUUGUAUGCUUAACAUAAGUCACAAUGCAUUGCUUUUAGGUCUAGGAGUGUUUUCAAAUGAUGUAAAUACACCAUGGAAACCUUCAGCGCUGUUGUUUCUUAUUAAAUAUUAAAUCCGUUCUAUGUU